AUGCUAUCCCACACGGGGAAGUGUGUCCACCUACAAAUCAUUCCCAUCUGCCCAUCGGAGAAAAGGAACAAGGAAAGGGGAAAGAAAGCCGUCCAAAUCUUCGGUGUUGCCAACUCCCUCCUCGCGCGUGCUGUUUUCCUCCCUCGUCCUCUCGCUUCCCACCUCCUCUGCUUGGCUUUCUUUGCUUCUCUUCCCCUUCGCUUCCGCCACUCGGCUUCCCCCUUCGUUCUUCCUUGACGAUUUCUGUCAUCUUAAUUUUUUGACCUUUCUGCCAUUGAAGAUUUGAUUACCACUGAAAGAACGGAUUUUGAUGACGAAAUCUCAGGGUUCGGGAAUGGGGAGGUACGCGAGGAAGGCCAAGAUCGACGGAAAGGCGGCGGUCGCGGAGGCCGUUCACCAUCAACCCUCGCUCGGGGUUCACACCAGGGCCAAAACACUGGCACUCAAGCGCCUCCAGGAGACGUCACCGGACACCGCGUCCUGCUACCUCCAGCUCCGAAGCCGCUGUCUCGAGAAGCACCUCCCCGUCCCCUCUUCCUCUAGGUCCAGGGCAGCUACCAGGAACAGGCCGAACGCUGACCCUAACCCUAAUUCUCACGCUAGCCCUAGCCGUAGCCCUAAUCUCGUGAACCAGGCGGCCGGUGCGGCAGAGAGUCCGGUGAAUUCGGACUCCGUGGGGUCCGUACCAACAAAGAGUCGCUGCUUCACGAAGACAAAGGCCACGGCGUUGGCUGUUCGGGAGGUGUCGCCGGAGGUCGAUGCCGCGGAGACGGAAGGUUCCUUUGGGGAGAAUGUUCUCGACCUCGACGCCUCCAGGACUGCGAGAGAACCCACACCUUGUGAUCUGAUAAGGGACUCAGAAACCGUUGGAACACCUGGUUCAACGACUCGGCGGACCGCAAGCAAGAGGCAGGCAGCAACUCCCAGUAGUAUACCAACGAACCUUGAAAUGGAGGAGCUUUUUGCUGGCCCCGAACAACUUCAACAGAGAAGUUUUGUAGAAAGGUACAACUUCGAUGUGGUGAAAGAUCAACCGCUCCCUGGCCGCUAUGAAUGGGUAAAAUUGGAUUCUUAGAUGUUCUCCAAUCACGCAAACUCACCGGUGACCUCUGCCCGAGAUUUUCCGACGAGGGUGGUCUCGUCUGCGGUGGUGGCGUGUCCCACCCUUCCUUCCGUAAGAUACAAUCUUCACCAAGAUUAGUGUUUAUUCUCUAACAGCUAGUGGCUGAUCAAAGGUCAUCAAUUUGUAGCUAUUCAAAUCGAUCGGAUCUGGGUGUCUCUUCUGUGGUUCGCGGGGGAGAUAGGUGGUUGUACCUUGGUUUGUAUCUUUAUGUAGACAAGUACUGGUGAAACUGAUAGCUCUGUGUGAAUAAACAUAGACCUGACCCCA